CGAGGCCCGGCGGGGUCGGGGAUGCGGCGGCGGCGGCGGCGGCCCUGAGCGGUUCCCGCGGGCGGGAGAGGCGCCUCCGGACGUUUCGGGGCCCACCCCCGAUGUCCGGCGAUGGCCGAGGACAGUCAGGACGAGCUCAUCAACAAGAACGCGGCGCUGGGCCGGACCCGGAGACCCAGCCUGGCCGAGCUGCUCGGCGACGCGGAAGAGAGCGGCGCCGAUUCCGACUCCGGUGCCACCAGCGAGGAGGAGGAGGAGGAGGAGGAUGGUACCGACGAGGGCGAAACGGAGGAGGAGGAAGGCGGGGAUGAAGACGGCGAAGGCGACUCGGGUUCGGAGGAGGACGACGACGAGGACUACGGCCCGGACGAGGAGGCCCCGAGGGAGGGCGAGGCGGAGCCCCCCAAAGGGCCGCGGGGAGCCGCCGACGGAGACCCGCUCGGCUCCGACGGCGACGAGGCCGAGAGCUGCCCCAUCUGCCUCAACGGCUUUCGGGGCCAGGCCGUCGGGACCCCGGAGAGCUGCGCGCACUAUUUCUGCCUGGACUGCAUCGCCGAGUGGGCCAAGAACGCCAACUCCUGCCCCGUCGAUCGGAUCGCCUUUAAAUGCAUCUGCAUCCGCUCCUGCUUCGGCGGGGAGAUCCUGAAGAAGGUCCCCGUGGAGAAGGCGGAAGGGCCGGCCGGAGAGGAGGAGGAGGAGGGGGCGGCGGAGGGGGCGGAGGACCCCACCUUCUGCGAGGUGUGCGGGCGCAGCGACCGGGAAGACCGCCUCCUCCUGUGCGACGGCUGCGACGCGGGCUACCACAUGGAGUGCCUGACCCCGGCUCUGAGCGAGGUGCCCGUGGACGAGUGGUUCUGCCCGGAGUGUGCCGCCCCGGCUCCCGCCGCCGAGAGCGGGAGCGAAGAGGAGCCGUCCGGCCUCCCGGGGGGGACGGGCCCGGCCGCCGGCCGGCCGCGCCCCCACCCCGGCCGCACCCGGGCCAUCGCCAGGACGCGGCAGAGCGAGCGGGUGAGGGCCACCGUCAACCGGAACCGCCUCACCACCGCCCGCGCCGUCCAGCACGGGCCCAGGUCCCCGCCGCCCUCCCCGCUGGAUGAGACCAUCGAGGCCGUGGCGGCGGGGCUGAGCACGGCCGUCUAUCGGCGGCCCCCCGCGCCCCCAACGCCGGGCGAGCGGAAAAGGAAGAGAGGCAGGAGGAAGAGAACGUCGGGGAGGAAGAGAACCCCGGCCAAGUCUGCCGCCGGGAGCCAGGGCCCGGGGUCGCGGGUCAAGAGGCGCAAGUCCCGCGUGAAGAAGAGGAAGGGGAGGAAGACGACACGGGUGGGGGGCGCGGCGACGACCCGCUCGCGCAUCGCCAGGACCCUGGGACUGGGGAGGGUGGGGUCCGGCCUGCCGCUGCCCACCCUGGACAAGCCCGUCCAGCCGUCGCUGGGCCUCAUGCGGGCGAACAUCGGCGCGGCGUCGCUGUCCGUGUUCGGGGACCCGGACGCGUUGGACUUCUACGACGGCAACGAAGAGCCCCCGGCGGCGUCCCCGGGCUCGCCUCUGAGUGCCAAGCGCAGGCUGCUGUCCCAGUCGGCCCUCCGCUCCCACCAGCCCGUGGCCCGACCCGUCUCCAUGGGCGUCUCCAGGAGGGGCGUCCCGGCCUCGGCCCCCGAGCGGGCGGCGGAGGCCGCCCCCGUGCCCGACCUCCUGGGCAGCAUCCUGUCCGGCCAGAGCCUGCUGAUGAUGAGCGGCGCCGACGUGGUCAUCAACCGGGACGGCUCCCUCUCGGCCAAGAAGGCAGCUCCGAUAUCCCUGCAGCGGAACUGGACCGGAGACUGGAGAGGGGCGGGCCGGCCCGGCCCGCCGCCCCGAACGGGGAGCUCGGGCCCGGCGGCCCCGAGCGGCCUCGCCCCGGACCCGGCCCAUCACCUGGGGUUGAACUCUCACACCAGGCCACCCCCCAGCGUGUUCUCCGCCUCCUCCUCCUCCGCCUCGUCGUCGUCCUCUUCGUCGUCGUCCUCCUCCUCCACCUUCUCCACGGCCGCCUCCGCCGCCCCGUCCUCCUCCUCGUCUUCCUUCGCCUCGGCCGGCUCGGCCGGGGCCGGGGGCGCGGAGAAGGGAGGGGCCCCUCCCCCGCCGUGGCCCUCGAGGCCGGCGGUGAAGCUGGAGUUCUCCGUGACCCCCCGCUCGGCGCAGAGCUCGGCCGGCGCCCCCGGGCCCGGGCCGAGGUCGAAGCCCACGGCCCGGUGGAAUGGGGAGGACCGGCUCCCGCCGCCGCCGACCCCGGCCCGCCCUCCGGCCGCCCGGGCGGACGUCUCCGACCUCCCCAGGAUACCAAAGAUCAAGAGAGAGGGCGGGGACGACGGCGGCAACGGGCGCCCGGGUCCCGAGCCCGCCGCGGGCGGCCGGGGCGCGGACGGCCCCGCCCCCCGCAUCAACCGGCUGACCGGCCGCGAGGGCUCCGGCCAGCCGGGCCGGGGCGGCGGGGCCGAGGGCGGGCCCGGCCCGCGGGAGCCCGGGGGGCCCAAGCCGCCGGCGGGCGGGUCGGCCGCCGCCCCCUCCUCCUCCUCCUGCUCCAACUCGUCGUCGUCGUCGUCGUCCUCCUCGUCGUCCUCCGCAGGCCCCGCCCCGCCGGGCACGGCCCGGGGAGGCCGGGGGCCGGGCCCGCCCUUCGAGAGCUUCCGCAUCAACAUCCCCGGGCACGCGGCCCCCGGCGGCCGGCCGGCCCACCCGGGCUUCUGCAACACCUUCCGGCCCGUGGACCGCCGGGCCCAGGGCAAGGAGCCCGCCUCGGCCCUCUUCGCCCCGGCCAAGAGCAAGCAGCAGGGGAAGAGCGAGAUGUACGACCCCUUCGAGCCCACGGGCUCGGACUCCAGCUCCCCGGCCGGCAGCCCCGACCGGCCGGGCCCCGGCCCGCGGCCCUCCGGGAUCACCCGCACCAUCUCCGUCCAGAGCCCCGACCCGCCCGCCUUCCACACGGUGCGCUGCGUCACCUCCUACACCCUGGGCGGGGAGGCCGACGGGGCCGACGGCCGGGCGGGCCCCGCCCCGCCCCCGGCCGACCCCUUCUUCGACGCGGGCGGGCGCACGGUGACCUGCGUGACGGUGGGGCCGGCCCCGUCCCCGCCGGCCCCGUCCCCGCCGGCCCCGUCCCCGCCGCCCCCCGCCGCCGUCCAUCGGAUCGUGGAGCUGGGCUCGCCCCCGCCCUCCCGCUCCCGCUCCCGCUCGCGCUCCGACUCCAGCUCCCGGAGCGGGAAGAAGGCCGAGAGGAAGCCGGCGGGCGGGCGGGAGCGGGGGCGCUCCCGCUCCCGCUCCCGGGAGGGCAGCUCCCGGUCCACCUCGCGCUCGGCCGGGGAGGGCCGCCCCCGCAAGGCGCGGGCCCGGCCCCAAGCCCGCCGGUCGUCCAGCGACGGGUCCGGCAGCCGCGAGCGCGGCCCCAGGAAGAAAGCCAAGGACCAGGGCCGCGAGAGGCGGCGGGCCCCCCGGGCGCGGGACCGCAGGCCGCCCCGCUCCCGCUCCCGCUCCGGGAGCCCCGACGGCUCCGCCCACGAGCCGGCCGACGGCCGCAGGAGGAAAAGGCGGCGGCGGUCGGGGUCCCGGGGCCGCGGGCGCGAGGGCUCCCGCUCCAGCAGCCCCGAGCGGGGCCGGCGCCGCGGCUGCCGGAGGGAACGCAGCCGCGAGCGCUACCCGAGGAGGGACGGCGGCGGGGCGCGGGCCCGGGAACGCCGGGCCUCCCGCUCGCGCUCCCGGGAGAAGCGCCGCUGGCGGGCCGCCGAGCCCCGCGGCGGCCGGGGGGCCGGGGGGCCCGCCGGCCCGGACGGGGCCCGCCCGCCACCGCCCCGCUGCCCGGACCCCCCGGCGGCCGGGGGCGCCCCGGAGGAGACGGCGGCCGUCCCCGGGGGCGCGGCGGGGGCGGCGGUCCCCGUCGCCGAGGACCUGGACUACGGCGACACGGUGGAGGCCGACCACGUCUUCGAAGCGCUGUCGGGCGAGGCCGGCCUCUUCCAGCUGGACGACAUGAGCUCGCCCCCCUCCCCGGACCCCACCGACUCCUCGCCCGAGAGAGACCCCCUCCCGGGACCCCCCUUCCCGGCCGCCCGCCCGGGCCCGCCGACCGGUCCCGGAGAGGCCGGGGCGCCCGCCGACCCCGCCCCUCGCGGGAAGACGGCCGGCGGCGGGGCGGAAGAGGAGGGCGGACCCGCCCCGGCCGAGGGGCCGGGCGGGGGCCCGAAGCCCGAGGGGGCGGCCUGUCCUCUGGCCCCCCUGCUGAAGUCCAAGGCUCCGGUCAAGAGGGUCACCUGGAACCUCCAGCGGCAAGAGGACGACGCAGCCGCGCCCAGACUGCCCUUCUUCAGGCUGCCGAGGCUAAAGGACGGGUUUUGGAAGGCGGAAGAUUGCGGCCCGAUCCCGUUCGAUCAGGUGCCCUCAGCCAGGCCUCCUCCCGCCAAUUCCAUAGUUCCCGAACCCUUCUUUCCCGACCCGGACUCCUCUCAGGUUUACAACCCCGACGUGCCCCUGCCCCCGACGCUGCCCUCCAACCUGCCGCCCUACGCCCCCGUCAGCCAGCCCACCGUGCAGUUCAUCAUGCAGGGGAGCCUCCCCCUCGCGGGGGGCUACGGGGCCGGGCCCAGUCUCACCCCGGACCCGGGCACCCUGGAGCCGGGCGCCCUGGCCGCCGCCUCGGAGCCGGGCACCCAGGCCGCCGCCUCGACGGGCGACCGGGCGGCCGGGGACAAGGCCCCGCCGCCCAAGCCCGCCCCGGAGAAGACCAAGAACGAGGAGUACCUGAAGAAGCUGCACGUGCAGGAGCGAGCGGUGGAGGAGGUGAAGCUCGCCAUAAAGCCCUUCUACCAGAAGCGGGAGAUCACCAAGGACGAGUACAAGGACAUCCUCCGCAAGGCCGUGCAGAAGAUCUGUCACAGCAAGAGCGGAGAGAUCAACCCCAUGAAAGUGGCCAACCUGGUCAAGGCCUACGUGGAAAAGUACCAGCACAUGAGGCGGCAGAGGAAGUCCGGCCCCGAAGACGAGCCCCCCGAGAUGGAGAACUGAGGGAGGGCCGCCCCCCCCGAAACCCGGCCGCGCCCCCCGCCGACCCUCGGGGCGCGGUGGACGGGCGGCGCGGGAGACGGGGCGACAAGCGCCCCGGGGAGGGAGGGAGGAAAGCCGGCCUCGGACGGACGGGGGGGGCGGGCGGACCCUGCGGGGACCCCCGGAAAGUGCUACUGUUUUCAGGGUUUAACUUGGAUCACACACUUUUUUUUCUUCCGGGGGCCCCCCCCCCCCCCAAUCUCCGAAAGCGCCCCCCGCCCGCUCCGUCCCCGACCGGACGGACCCCCUCGGGGUUUUUCUUUGGUUUUCGUUUUCUAAUCUGUAUACAGUAUAUAUAUAUAUUAUAUAUACACACCCGC